UUGUAGUCUUGGUGGGCUCAUCCUUGUGGGGCCCCCGUCCUCCCUUUUGGAGACGUCAGAGGUCACUAUUCGGCAUGGUCUUGGUUCACUGCAGAAAACGUAAACAUUUUAAAUGUUAUGUGCAGCAGAUCUCAAAGAGAUUAAAGGACCAUACUUUGUUAUGUCCAUCCAGAGUACAAAAGCUUAAUUUCUAGUUACCUGGUAGAGGCUCAAACCUGAAGUCAGCUACAGGAAGCUAGAUGAAGCCUUUUUCUAAAAUUAGUACUUUAUAUGACCACUAAUAUCAUGACAAAAAUGUUUUAAAUAUAUGUAUAUUAAUUUUAUAAGUUUUGAGAUAAUGUUUAUGCCUAAAGAAAAGCUUUAAAGAGUCAGAAUAUAAGGAUUAUGUGAUUAGUGACAAUAAACUAAUUUUUUUUCUUCUGUCCCCUAUUAGGUGGCUCUUCUGACUCAAAUCCAACAUUUUACAUUUUAUUUUAAUAAGCAAGCAUGCUUGGUUUUAGAAAAGUUGGGAGCCACAUCCCAACUCCAAAGCCAGUGUUAAUAUCAGUUAUACUGGUACUACAAAAAGAGCAUUUGCACUAUAAGUCUAUAGAGAAAAGCAGAAAUGGAUAUUUGGGAAGGUUUAUGAAAUUUUAUCCUUUGAAAAUGUGAAAUACCAAAAGGCUAAUUUACUCUUUUUCUAUUUUGGGGCGGGGGGUGAUUUGUCCUUUUCCCCCACUCCACCCCGACAUUUCAUUGGUCCAGUGGUCUUCAGAUUCCUUAGCUGGAUUCCUUCAUUCUCCUGAAAAGACAAAAAACAUAGCCCUUCUCCAGUCCCUGAUUUUGGGAAAGUUCCCUGUUGGCUAUUUAUAUCUGAUCAAAUGAAAAGUAUUUAAUUUUAUAGAUUAGAUUGAAUGGCCAUAUUGUUUUAUGAGCUAGCAUGUUCAGAUUGAAUCUUUAUCAAUUUUGGUGGUGUCCAUAUCUUCUUCUUCUGUGAAAACAAAAGCAAAAUUUCCAUUCUGAGGUCAGCACAUCUUUAAAUUAGACAGGUUGAUUUAAUUCCAUAGUUUUUCUAAUAUCAUUGGAUAAUAGAUGUGAUAAUUAUGUCCUUCUGCGGUUGUUGUUCCUUUCUCAUUAGCAUUUAGCAAAUUCAAAGUUAGUAAGUCAUUAUGCAGUCUAUUUCUGGGUGUCUUUAUUUAGAGUUCAAUUUGGUCUUUCUAUAACUUCCUGCCCUGUAGGAUUAUGUGGUAUACCUUUAUUUUUUUUUUUUUCUUUUUGGUUUUUUGAGACAGGGUUUCUCUGUGGCUUUGGAGCCUGUCCUAGGACUAGCUUUGUAGACCAGGCUGGUCUCGAACUCACAGAGAUCCACCUGCCUCUGCCUCCCUAGUGCUGGGAUUAAAGGCGUGCGCCACCAACACCCAGCCUGUGGUAUACCUUUAAUGUGCUUUAUAUGUAAUAAGCAAAAAAAAAAAAAAAAAAAAAAAAACUUUGAUUUUACUAGAGAUUAUGCUGGAUGGAGCACUGUCACUCUUAAUUUGUGCAGGUUACCCUUGAUGACCAUAACGUCUAGGAAACGUAUGAUUACCAAAUCAGCCUUUUCCAAACUCAAAGCAGUUGCCCAUUGAAAACCUGAAUAGGUAUCAGUGGUAUGGUGUGCAUAUUUUAAUUUUCCAAAUUAUACAAAAUGGAACACAUCCAUUUGCCAGAUUUCAUUCCUUUGAGUACCCUUUGGGUUGCUUCCUGCAGGUAGUGGAGUUUAGUUAUAUAAAAAAUAACUAGGAAGAGGCAGGGCAGGUUGCAGGUGGCUCGGCGGACACGCCCCCUCACCCAAGGCCCCCUCGGUGCCUCUUUCCACCACCUUCUUUCCUCCUUGCUUUCUUUGGUCAGAGAGGGCCAGAGCGAGAAGAUGGCGAAGACAUACGAUUAUCUGUUCAAACUGCUGCUGAUCACCGACUCUGGCUGUGUUAGUAAAACCUGCCUCCUGUUCCCCUUCUCUGAGGACGCCUUCAAUACCACCUUCAUCUCCACCAUCGGGAUUGAUUUUAAAAUGAGAACAAUAGAACUCAAUGGAAAGGAAAUUAAGCUUCAGAUAUGGUACACAGCAGGUCAGGAAAGAUUCCUAACAAUCACAACAGCAUACUAUAGAGGAGCCAUGGGAAUUAUGCUUGUCUAUGACAUCACCAAUAAAAAGUCCUUUGACAAUAUUAAAAACUGGAUAAGAAGCACUAAAGAGCAUGCCUCUUCAGAUGUUGAAAGAAUGAUCCUGGGGCCUGGAGAGAUGGCUCAGGGGUUAAGAACACUGAGUUCAAUUCCCAGCAACCACAUGGUGGCUCACAACCAUCUAUGAGAUCUGGUGCCCUUUUCUGGCCUGCAGGCAUACAUGGAGCCAGACACUGUACAUAAUAAAUAAAUAAAUCCUAAAAAAAAAUAAAGAAUGAUCCUGGAUAACAAAUGUGAUAUGAAUGACAAAAGACAAGUGUCAGAAAAAGAGGGGAGAAGUUAGCAGUUGACCAUGGUUUUAAAUUUUUGGAGACAAGUGCAAAAUCCAGCACAAAUUUAAAGAGGCAUUUUUUAUACUUGAAUGGGAUAUAAUGACAAAACUCAACAGAAAAACAUGACAGCAAUUCAUCAGGAGCAGGCGGGCCAGUGAAAAUAACAGAAAACCUAUCUAAGAAGACAAGUCUUUUCCGUUAUUCAUUGCUUUGAUGAACUCUUCAUUUCUGAGAAACUGCAGUAUACCUAGAGGGCCCUUCCCUGCUUCUCUGAAAGCACAGGUUACCCAGCCUCAGAGCCACCUCGCCCAACUGCUGCGGAGAGCACUAUGGAACUCUAGGCCUCUCAACACAGAACACCAAGUGGAUUCCAGCCACAUGACCUAGCAAAAGAGCAGGCUCCUUUCCUCAGACAGGGAAGCAAUGAUGUGGAGACACAUGCAAGACUUAAUUGGUUUUUCCUUGUUUUACUGCCUGUCCUGGAAGCUGCUAUCUUUCUUCGCACAUGAGUGUCGGUCUUUCUGUGGUACAGCAUAAUCUUAGACUCCUAACUGAGCACUUUAGUGGCAUGAAGUUCUAGACUUAUAUAUUUGGGGAUAUUUAAAGACAGCAGAACAUUAAACAGAGGUUGAUAUACUAAAAUUAAAGAACGGUUGGCCUGGGAUAUAUGACCAAAAGUUCCUCUAUUGGUAGCAUUUAUUAAAGGACUUUGAUUUGCAGUGUUCUUAAAAACCAUUAAAUUCUGAUUAACUUUUAAAAUUCAUAAAAAUACCUGUUUAUUCACAGAGGCCAUAUCGUUUUCAUCUUUUCAGGUGGUUAUCAAUUUUGCUCAUCCCUGAGUAGCUGUUUUCUUUAAGAUGGCUGCCGCUGCCUCCUCUCUGGAAACAGCGUGUAGAAAGCACUCUAGUCUCGCUGUUUCUUUUAGUGUUUUUUAGUUUUUGUCGAGACAGAGUUUCUCUGUUGCUUUGGAGCCAGUCCUGGAACUCACUCUUGUGGCCUUGUCACAGAGCUCUGCCUCUGCCUCCCAAGUCCUGGGAUUAAAGGAGUGUGCCGCCACCACCCAGCUAGUCUCACUGUUUAUGAGGGUCAUAUUUACUGUCCCUUUUCCUGCCCGACUUCUUGUCAUUAUUUACUUAUCUGAAACUAAUAAUAUAUGUAAGAACUGUUGUGUCUGUCUGUGAGCUUCAUGCAUUGGGAUUUCACAUAGGGAAAUUGUCAUUAGGGCUUUAUUUUCUUUCUUUUUUUAUUUUUUGUUGUUUGUUUGUUUGUAUUUCAAGACAGGGUUUCUCUGCAGCUUUGAAGCCUGUCCUGGAACUAGCUCUUAUAGACCAGGCUGGCCUUGAACUCACAGAGAUCCUCCUGCCUCUGCCUGGGAUUAAAGGUGUGCCUCACCACCACCCAGUUUAGGGCUUUAUUUUCACGUCU